AUGGCUCCAGCAUGUAGAAAAAGGAGAAGAAGCCAAUACAGGAAGAGCAAAGAAAUCGCAAAAGAGCUCCCCUGCAUUUCCAUGUCUGCAAGCCCUUCCACGCUAGCUCAUCUCCAGGCCGAAGGCGGUGAAAACAGCAGCGACAUUUCUAGCAAUGGCUGUUCUACCCCUAAAUCUCCAAGAUUCCGGAUACCAGAGCUCCUCACAUGCCCACCAGCCCCGAAAAAGCAUAGAGUAGCUCUGCACUGCUCCACACAGAAACCCAACAUCUCCUUCUUCAAUCCUCCAGACUUGGAGAUCUUCUUCUUCUUCGCUCUCCGUAAUGUAUCUGUUUAA